AUUUGUUUUUCAUAGCGCCGUGCAAAGCGGCGAAACCUUUGUUGGAAAACUCAAAAUGUUCAGGUGCAAGACGCAACUAUGGACGCUGCCGGCGUCGCUCCUCCUGCUAGUCCUCUUGGUCCGGAGUUCUUCGGCAAACAGUCUGAUGAGGCCCGACGCCCGGAUGCUGACGUCAUCGUUCCUGCGGUCCUUCUGGAAGAGGGCGUCACUGCGUGACUCCCCAGUCUACUACGUCAGCACGUUCCUGAGGAACAAGAGUCCUGCCCCAUCACAGGCGCAGGCGGCGUCCAUCUUGUCGCCCCUCUUUAAGCUUCCCAUUGAGUUCAUGUCCAAUGCCAGGCCGCUUGAGGUGGUCAAGGGCAUCAACAAACCAUCGUACGGAAAGCCGUUUAGGAAGCAGUCCCUCUACCAGACUUCCAAGAUGUUCUUCAUGCCCAUAAAAUUUCUGGCCAAUGGGAAGCCACGCCGACGUGUUGUCAUCAAGUCUCCGCCCCACUACUUCCGGAUAUAAACGGAUGAAAAACGGAACAACCACGCAACGACGACAUAUUGAUC